AUGGAUACCGGAUGGCGGGUGAUUGUUUCAUCGUUUGCUUGGGUGACUGCCUCCACAUCGUGAACAGAGGUCAAUGAUGGAAGUGGAAGCAAGGCGAAUUAGGAGGUUUGGCCCUCAAAGGCCCACAGCCAGCUCUCUUCUUCCGCUUCACGCUUCUUCCUCCACUCAUCACAUUUCCAACACCGUUUCCUGUUGGUAUUGCGACUACAAAAUCACCUCAUUUAACAAGCCUCUUUUCCAUUUCGGUCGCAGACAUGCCAGGAUUUUGAAAGUUUGGUUUUCCAUUGGGGUCGGUUUUGCCGUUUCUGCAUUGCUUGGAGUUACUUUGAUUCUUCUGUGGGAACUAGCUCGAACAUUGCAUCUCUGUGGCGCUAGCAAGAAGCUUGGAAAUCUUACAAGUACCUUGCUAUUUGGCUUCCCCUCUUUGCUGCCUGGUUUAAGAUUAUCACUUGCUGAUGCUGGGUAUAUAUGUAUUUCUACCGCCAUAUCUGUUGUUGUUCAUGAAUUUGGUCAUGCAGUUGCUGCCACAAGAUAUCAAGAACCCCAAAUUUCAUUUUGCUUAAAAUGAUAAUAGCUAGAUUCUCAUGAUUUAUGCUAUUGCACUUUUUUCCAUGGAAGGCAGUGAGGGAAUGCAAAUAGAGUACAUUGCUGUCUUCAUUGCAGUUCUAUUUCCUGGUGCUCUGGUUGCAUUCAACUAUGAAUUGCUGCAAAGUUUUCCUCAUUUGACUGUCCUCCGUGUGUAUUCUGCUGGCAUGUGGCACAAUGCAGUUUGUUGUGCAGCUUGCGGACUGGCAUUAUUCCUCUUGCCCCUGAUCUUGUUUCCCUUGUACAGCAGUGAUCAUAGUCCCAUGGUACUUUUUCUUGAUCAUUUUAGUUUUAUCAGAUUCUAUGUUGUUUGUAUAUACAUCAUCUUUCUUAUUGCAUGCCGGUGGCUAUAUGGGAGACAGGUUUUGAAUGUACCCCCAACCUCACCUCUAUCUGGUUAUUUAGCUCCUGGUGAUGUUAUUCUGUCAGUAGAUAAUAUACCCAUCAGAAAUGCACAAGAGUGGUUGAAGCUUAAUACUUUGACAUAUAAUGUUAAGCUUAAUAAUGUAAAUAUUUCUCAGCGCACUGGAGACUUGGGGGGAGUCAAUAAAAUGAAGGGUUACUGUGUCCCUAGUUUAAUGAUGGAAGAAAGCAAAAUUAGCAAAAUUACCAACUUGCUGGAAAAUCAACAUGCUUGUUCCAGUGAACUUACUGCCUUUGUAAAAGUUUUAUGCCCUGCUAGGGGUACACUGGAUGAUGGUCAGAGCAGAACUGAUCUUUUAAACAGAGAAUGGAGUAUUUACUGCUUAAAUGCUAAAGAUGUUGUCAGACGUAAUAGGUGUGGUGAUGACUGGGGGCUAGCUACGACAAAGGGAAGCAGUUGUGUGUGCUCUCAGGAAGAAUUUUGUUUAGCUCCUGUUCAGGAACCUGGAUUGGUAUGGGUCGAGAUUGCAUAUUCAAGUCCUUAUCAUGAAUGUUCAUCAAAUGUACACAACAAAUUUCCAUUUUCAGAAACUUCGGGUGUUAAGGAAACUAAUUGUGGAGGGACUUUUAUUUUUGUUGGUGAUGUUAUCUCAAUGGCACAUUCCAUUCAGCUAACAUCAUAUCAGCCUCGCUGGGGACCAAAAAUUGUUGCUUAUUUACCAAAUGCACUGGAAAUGAUUUUAAUAUGGACAUUUCAUGUUUCCCUGGCUCUAGCUCUUCUCAAUGGUUUGCCAGUGUUUUUUCUAGAUGGUGAAUCCAUUUUAGAUGCAACUCUAUCCCACUUUACUUCGUUAAGCCCAAGGAAGAGGAAGAAGGUUCUUAGACUAUGCCUCCUUGGUGGGUUACUUAUUUCUAUGAAUGUUGUUUUACGGGAACUCUUAAUUCUUUCUUGAUAUCAUCAUUUUCUUGUUUUUUGUGACGAGUAUGGCAACAGCUUGUACACAAAUUUCAUGUUCAUAAUUUUGGUUCAAAAAGUGAAGUAAUCAACUUCACGGUAAAAAUCAGGUAACUUAUUAAUAGAAUGAUUUUCAUUUUGAAUUAAGUAAUUAUCAUAUUAAACUAAU